CUCCCGGCCCGCGGGUGGCUUGGGGGAGCCACAGCGGCACCGGGAGGGGAAAGAGCCGGCGGAAAGAGCGGAAAGAGGCCGGUUUGUUCCCCCUGCCGGCAGAGCGCCCCCGAGCCUCCUCCGAACCUUUGGCUGGAUGGGAAGAACGAGGAUGGAGGAGCGGUGGUGGAAAGGGGAGCUGGCGGUAGACAUCCAUCAGACCCUGAGGACGAAGGAACUUAACCUACCUUUGUAUAAGGCGCAUUCACCACAGAUUGGGAUGCGCCGGUACUUCAUUGAUCUUUUGACCGUCCUCAGCAACCGUUGCAGCCUCUGCCCUACAGCCCGGCAUCUUGCUGUCUAUUUACUGGACCUCUUCAUGGAUCGCUACAAUAUCAGUGUCAAGCAACUGUACAUCACUGCAUUUGCCUGUCUUCUCCUAGCAAGUAAAUUUGAAGAAAAAGAAGAUAAAGUUCCAAAGUUGGAGCACUUAAAUAACCUAGCAUGCAUGUGCAAUGCAAACGUGGUAUUGAAUAAGAAAGAUUUGCUUAGAAUGGAAAUGCUGCUUUUGGAAAACUUCAACUGGAAUCUGUGCCUACCCACGCCAGCACACUACAUUGACUAUUACCUCCACGUGUCCAUUGGCGAGAAUGACCUUUGCGAUGGCUGGCCAUCCAGCUCAGUGACAACAGUCAAAACUUUUAUGGAGAAAUAUGCAUAUUACUUCCUUGAUUUCUCAGUGCAAGAUCACACUUUCCUCCAUUUUCGUCCAUCUCUGAUUGCUGCAGCUUCUGUGUGUGCCUCACGGAUAUGUAUGCAGAUUUCUCCUGCCUGGACAACCCAGCUUGAAUUGCUAACGAGCUAUUCUUGGGAGCAUCUUGCCCAAUGCAUUGAAAUGAUGCUCAUAUAUUAUGAGAAUGACAAAGAAAUCAGUAACAUAAAGAAGCAAGUAACAAUCCAACACCAACAACAGGAAGGAAUGGAAAAUCUGAGCCAUCAAGCCACUACUCAAGUUCUAUUUCAGCAACCUAGUUACCACCCUUCAGCUCAGCAUUCAGCUACUCUUGCCCAGUUGCCAGUGCAAGAUUUGUGCUCUACUUACCUUGACUCCUUACAGGUGCACAGGCCUAGUGGUCUGCUUGCUGGGAGUGCUGACAGCUCAUUGCACUCCUACGCUGCUCUUCAGGCCAGCCUUCAGCCCUCUGCUCAGACUCUGCACGUCCAAAUGCCUCUUGCUAUGCAAGUGACCUUAGGAACAGAGCCCAGCCACUGCAGUUCCAUGGCUUGUGGUAGCAGUUAUUUCACUGGUUGUCACUCAUAUGCAGCUGGGUGUUUUGAUGGAUGAAUAUAUACUGG